AUGACCUAUGAAUCUCGAAAAGUUGUUGCAGCAAUAAUGGCGACGUUCAUGAAGGGCCAGAAGUAUGAGGAGGAUAUCGCACCGGUGCCGGUGUCCGUGCCGACGCCCACUGUCGACGAGGAUGCCAGCAGCACCAACAGUAACGGCAGUAGUGCUCUCUCGCUCAUGAAAAAUCAGCCGGUGAAGUUUUGGGCGGCAUUAGACGAGAUGGGUCUGCUGAGCGAAAUCACCGAUAACAUGACUACCUCUGUCGAGCAUCUUCGUCGUCUCGCGCUUAUGGGUCCAUCGCAGCGAGAUGCAGCAGAACUGCAAAAGAGGACUGAGGUAAGCUGGCGUCGACUGGAGGAGUCGCGGCGAAGGGCGUCACGGAUUGAUGAUUUGUUUAGCGAGGAGCCGCCAUCAUCAUCCAGCGGUCAGCCGAAGCGGCGCCGCACCUCUGCGACCGGCGGCGCCACGUCAACCACUUCAAGUGCAACUGCAGUAAUUGAUGAAAACAACAGUUUGUCGCUAGUGGAACAGUGA